AUGAUUCAAUGCAGGUUUUGUCAUAUUUAAACAAUACUGAUAUUUCAUAUUUAAAUAUACAUUCAAAGGAUGACCUUUGAAUGGGACGUGCCUUCGAUUCGACAAAGCACGAGUGUCUCCACAGAGAGCAGUGUUGCACUGUUUUAGCAGGAAGGCAACAAGAGCGGGUGGGAAUUAAGCAUUUUUGUCCCGUGUAAUGAACAUGAGCCACUCGUCGUCGUUCAGACUGAAGUUAUGACUUUAAUAUGGCUGAUAAGGGCCCACUUUUAACUUCAUGUGUCAUUUUCUACCUGUCGAUCGGCGCCGCGAUAUUCCAGAUUCUCGAGGAGCCAAACUGGAUGUCCGCCAGAGACAAAUACAUCCUCCAGAGAGAAAACUUAUUAAACAAGUUUUCCUGCUUGACCAAAGAGGAUCUGGAUGAGAUCCUGGAGAUCGUGUCGGAGGCUGCGGGUGAAGGUGUGACCAUCACUGGUGACAAAUAUCACAACUCCUGGGACUGGGCCAACUCUGUCAUUUUUGCUGCCACCAUUGUCACCACCAUAGGUUAUGGAAACGUUGCCCCAAAGACUAAAGGUGGCCGUGUGUUCUGCAUCCUGUAUGGUCUGUGUGGGAUCCCACUGUGUCUGGUAUGGAUUAGUGAACUGGGAUCAUUCUUUGGGGACAGGGCUAAGCGUCUGUCCCAGGUUCUGCUCCGUAGAAAUAUUUCAGUGAAAAAGGUCCAAUUCAUCUGCACGGCUUUGUUCCUUUUAUGGGGGCUGUUUGUGCACCUAGUGAUCCCCCCGUUUGUUUUCAUGUCUCUGGAAGGAUGGAGUUACCUGGAAGGCAUCUACUUUUCUUUCAUCACUCUCACAACGGUUGGUUUUGGGGAUUAUGUGGCAGGUGUAAAUCCCAACAUGGAAUACCCCCCUCUGUACAGAGUAUUUGCAGAGAUAUGGAUCUACAUGGGUCUGGCCUGGCUGUCUCUUUUCUUCAGCUGGAAUGUCCACAUGGUAGUGAAAGCUCACGAAGUGUUUAGGAAAAGGAGACACAGACACAGACAGUUAAAUGAUGAGCAGCCCCUACAAGAAGGAGGAAACAAGGAAUUUCCUAAUAUCAAGCAGUCCGUUAUUGACAUCUUCAACUUCCUGUCUGAGCAGGAGGACGGCGACUACAGCACCGUCAUCAAAGAGAUUGGCAUCAUGGCAAAACAUAAAAAGCCUGUUGACAAAAUAAAUCGCUCUCAGAGUUGCAACGACUUGGACAUCCUGACCCUGGAUCAUUCACCUGGACAGAAGAACAUAACCAGUGUCUUUGACCUGUUCAAGAACCCACAGGCCGGCGAGAACAAAGCGGAUCAAAGGAAGCAAAAGAGCACAAGAGCAGAAUUCACGAGGACAGAUAACUUGAAGAGCAAGGACAGCGGUGCAUCCGAGUCAGAAAAUGGCGGCAUUGUCGUCACUGUGCCUGUCAAAGAUGCUGCAGAAGAACAAAGUGUGCAGCAUCCUGACGGAGGAGAGACUAGGUUUAAAAUACUCAAGGUAAAUGAAAAUGUGUUAACAGACCAGGAUGAAAAGGGUUAAAUCUUCCUUUCGAAAUGGUUCUUCAAAUUUACAAACACUGUGGAGGCAGUUAGAGGAAAGGGGUAGUUGUUUUUAAAAUCAUACUAAAACUGUCAAGAAUUAAGGAAAUUGCUUUAUAUCAAUUUAUGCAAAUCAAGGCUGGGCUGUCAAACAGUUUCCUAGCAGGGCAGACUCAGGAUUUUAUUUAUGAUUACUGUUUGUGUCUAUGACUUGGUUUUGCCCUUUUACUUGGUAUUUCUAGUAUGACAUUGUUUUACUGUAGACUGUCUCCUUGUAAAACGGAUGCAUCAUGAAUACUGUUCAAGGGGCGAUAACCGACUGUGAUUAAAAAGAUUUGAAUAGUGAUCCACCUUCUGAAAUGAGCAUCAGUGUAACAGCAAUAAAGUAAAAAUCCAUGAAUCCAUAAAAUCAGACUACUUGUGUAUGCAACUGAAUACAUCUGUGAUGUAAGAGAAAUGAACAAUUUAGUUAAAGAAAUUUCCAGAAAUGUCUCCAACAUGUAUUUUCUUUUCCAUAUUUUCAUAUUUUAGCUUGUUUGUGCAAAACAACAUAAAUUCACUGUUGUGUUGGCAUGGAUGGAAGCCAAACAAUGCCAAACAGAGUUUGAACCUUCUCCCCAAGUUCAAACAGAUAUCAUAAUAUUGGGCAAAAAGUAUAUAUAUAUAUAUAUACAGUAUAUAUAUAUAUAUUUUUUUAGAAACACAUCCAUAUGUAUAUAUGUAUAUAUAUAUAUUAUCCUGCGUACUGUAGCUUUAAAGAAUUAGCUUUUGUGAUACAAAGCGAAACAGCAACAGCUUGUUUUUGUUUUUUUUUUACAAAUGUUAUUGUAUUAUAGCCCUUAUUUCAAAGUGUUUCAUGUAUGUGCUUAAUUCAGUGUCUUGACUGUUUUACGCAGGGAUGAUUAACCACCUGGCAUCAUCAGUGAAUGCUUCUUUUGAGGAGCAAACUGAAAAUGUUGGAGUGUUUUUAUCAGUCUAAAUAAUUCUCAACCACACCUCCUAACUAAUUUCAUUGAUAAGACAACAGCUAUGCUAAAACUCCACUCCACUGAAUUGUUGAAGUCCUGGGCAUACUCCCAAUGACCACACUGCACCGUCCACUUUUUAUUGUUUUAACUUAUGUGUUUGUAUUAUAUGUAAGGUGACCUUGAGUGUCAAGAAAGGUCCAAUAAAAUGUAUUACUAUUA